UCAGUAUGACGGACAACCUUUAAACGUUUGUAAACUUUUUAAUCUUUUAAAUUAAGUGCAAAAGGAACAAAAUUUUUACACCAAUCGUAAUUAGCAUCAAAAGUACUGACGUUAAAAAAAGAAAACGAAAAAAAAGGGUACCCGGUACCCUAUAUUUAAACCAAUAUUUGGUACGAUCAUUGCUUAGUUAGCAUUUGUUAUCAGCUUAAUAUGAUGUUGUAUUAUAUUAAGACUUGAUAAUUAGACUGAAAUAAAUAAAUCAAGCAUUUGCGUUAAUACUACAUUAUCAAAAAAUUAUAUGAGCAUAUAUAAAGAAAACUGAUGUGAAACUUUCAUUCGAAAUUGUGUACGAUUCCGGGUAACAUCUUGACAUCAUCAAAGUUUUCAGAGUUGCAGGAAUUCCGAGGUAUUCUAGGUCGACUGACGAGAAAAACAAGGAUUUUCGAGUAAUGUCACAAGAUUUCAAUAAUUUUCAUCUGUCAACACUUGAGUAUUAUUUUUUUUAUUGUUUCGACAUAAUUAUUAGUAAGUUAUUUAUUAAUAAUAACAAUAAAUAACUUUAAUAAAAGUUUGAUUUCAUUUGAAAACACAUUAAUUUUAACUAAAUAUAAUAUGGCAUUGACCAGAUUAUUAUUAAUUGACUAGUGCCAAAUUAUGGACAAAAGAUCAUAUGAAAAUAUGUUAACUGCCGAAAGUUACAUUGUUCCUUAUGACACUCCACUAGAUUUUAACAGUCAACUCAGACUCUUGCAAUUGGCAAAUGCAUCUCCUUUAAUAGACGACCCGAAUAACAAUGACAAUAAAGCCAUUGAAUAUGAUAAUGCCACAUUGGUAGACCACGAGGAAAUUCAAUACAAUAAUAAUGCUAUAGCAACAUAUGAUAGUACAUCGGACGAUAUGCUCAAUAGUCUUGAUCAAUUUUUAAACGACACCGACAACCAUAACCAUGUGAGUAUUAUACCUUCAUUUGGAGUUGAUAUUGAAAAAAAAAAUGUAAAUAAAGUGAAUAAAGGGCUGAACGUUGUCGAUUGCUCGCCGUCGUAUGAUUCAAUGAAUAUUUCCAUUCAAGACCGCUGUGCAUAUAUGCAAUCGGCGAGUGCUGGCAAAAAAAUAUUCACGAGGCCGAGGAAACGAAAGAUGACAUCCCAUCAGACUACACGAAACUAUAUUAAUGCGAAGAAACAAUAUAUAGGUAAGCCAGUAGUCGUAAAAAAAGAUCCAAAAUCGUUUAAAUUUGUCAAAACUGAAUCAUUGUCAUCAUCUUUGUCAAGUUCUUCUUUGUCGUCAUCAUCAAACGAAGAAGAGGGAAAAUCAACCAAAAAAGUUUUUUCGUCGUUAAAACCGAAUAAAGAUGUAUCUAACAAUACGAAACAUUCAACACCAUCAUCACGUGAUAAAAAGAUCAAUGUCAUGUUCCAGAGCCGCAACGGAAACACUAGAAUCAAUAGUGAUGAGAGUUCGACUAUUGAUGGCGAUGUAUCUAAUAACGAAAUCGAAUUUUCAUUCCACACUCUAUGCGAUAAUCCCAAACGGAAAUGUACAUCAAACUAUGCGGUUAUAUCAAAAGUUAUAGUAAAACCAGCUACCUCUUUUAGUGAGGCACCUAGAAAAACUGUUCUCCCCAAGCGUAUUAAAAAACAACUUGACACGUUUCAACCGCCUGUACACAAUGUCAAAGGAAAAUCUAUCCCCAUUCCUAUUAUACAAUUUACGUCUCAGAAAGAUUAUAAUUUUGAAGUAAUAGAUGAUUCUAGAUACAACAAACGUUAUUUAUACCCGGAAAACUUGAAGUUGAUUCCGUUACGCGGUUUAUCGUCAAUGCCAGAAGGAUUGCGUUUGGCCCCACACAAGUUUGGCGAUAUGUUAAAACACAUGUCGAGCGAAAUAAGCGAUUGUAAAUUUAUACCUAAAAUGAUAAACAAUGCAUCGACAGAUUUGCUUUGCUAUUAUCUGUUAUACGGAGUCGUUCCUGAAGAAAUGACUGACUGUGCAGUGUAUUUUCUCAAAUUCCGUCUAAACGAAUACAAUUUAAAUGUCAAAAAUAUCAGAGAGAAACGAGACGCAAAAUACGCAAACUCUAACAAACCAUAUGAAACGGUGCCUUUGGUUGAAGGUGAACUGGAGGCCCUGACUUUCAACUAUUGGCGUUUGUCAACUCAAGAUUUGUGUGAUUGGGAUGACAAUGCUAAGAGGGACCGUGCAAAAUCGCUUCUCGCCCAUGGAUGGAAGCUCUUAUCCAAUAAAUAUUUGAAGGACUCUAUCGCGUCUUAUGCAAAUUUUAACAUUAAUGACUGUAUAUCGGCAGAAUGUAUGCUUUUUAUAAAACAACAUUUUACUGAAAUAAUACAUGAUGUGAAUAACAAAGAACAAGCGUCUAAAAAUAUACAAAAUGACAAAGUAAUCGCAUCCUUAAAUAACUCAUCAAAUGUCAAUAAGAGUGCAUUUUUUAUUUGGAAUAUAUUCAUGAAAGAAUGUGGCGUGCAUCACUAUAUGUGUCACCACACGAUGCUCAAAAUACACAAAAGUUUGCGAGAUAUUCACAACAUAAUGGAAAACCGAUAUAAACAAACUAGAUGUCAGCUUACGAGAUAUGAGGCUAUGGAAAGAGCAAAUUGCCUAUUAUCUCGAAACGAAGUUUUUAAGCUGUUUUAUGAAAAUCAUUGGAUUAAGAACGAGAGUCAAGUCAGUGAGGACUUGAGAUGCCUUGUAAAUGAGUUAAUAAUAUGGCAAUGUCGUAGUUUGGCAUUUCAUUUGUUCAGUAACGGAAUAACUUGGUAUGUUGAAACAAUACACGGUAAACUCAUCGAUGGCUAUGCUCAAACCAAAAAUUUGAUAACUCUAAAGCCCAUUGUUGGGUUGAUUUGUACUCCCUCGGUGAUCACGGCAAUUUCUAAAUUGGUGACUUCUUCUCUUAUUAAUUUAAUGGGAAUCACGCUUAUAGGUUCUGAAAUUCCUAAAUACACUUUAUCUGAAGAUGCGCAACAGAGAUUUAUGGUUUGUUUACAACAUGUAAUUUCAAAUGCGAUUGCACCAGCGGUAUAUACCGACAAUUGCCAAAACUUGUACUGUCCACAACAAUGGUCAACAAUGUUUUCCAAUGCAAUUGAGCUGUUUUUGGAGUCUCACCGGGACAAACUCGAUUCCGAGACUAUAAAUGCGACCAUGACAUUGUGCGAUGAUAAAUCUGAAAUAGUUCAAGGCGAAAGUGGAAAAUUGGUCAUCAAACGCAAUGACGGUACGUAUGAAUCUUUCGAGAGCGAUUGUGACUCGGAAGAGGACGAAGAAGAUACCACAGAUGAUUCGGAAUCGCAAGACGAGAUCUAUGAUGAUGAUAAAUUAUUGAAAAUGGAAUUUCCCGAUUACGAAGUAUUGAACAGCUCCAUAACUGUAUCGAAAAAGAGUUCAAUAACGAAAAAAGCGUUGGAGCAAAGUAUUUCACAAGACUCAUAUUAUCAGUUUUCGGGUGAAUCGUGUCCACGAAUUAAAUGUGUUACUUGUUUUGGACCCACCACCGAGAAGUUGAUAGCGUUUGCCGGUGUGAAAAUCGCAUGUUGCGUAUCAUGUGUGUGUGCAAUGAACGAAAUACACAAUGCCAAACCUUCAAAAUACAACAUUGUUCAAGGAGUGCAAUUGUCUCAAGAACUAGCACGGUCGAUGCAGCCGUUGCUGUUGGAGCGGAUACGGCAGCAAAUCAAAGCGCCCAUUUACUUUAAAGCCAUAGGAAUCAAACGGGCAAUUUUAAAAGAAACACACUCGGAUAUGAGGAAAGUUUCGUACAAUCGAUUAGCAAAACUACCAAAAGUCACAACAAAACACAAACCUAUGAAUGCAUGUGGAAAAGGGGGUAAACAAAAAAGAAACACUUCGGAAGAUGAAGACGACUUAACAGAACUGUAAUAAUAAUUUUUCCAUUGGUAGCCAUUACAUUUUAUUCAAAUAUCUAUUAAGUAUCUACAAUCCAACUAGAAGUAAAAUAUAGAACAUUUUACAAGAAGGCUAACAAGAACUGUGCCAUUGGACAUAAUCUAAUAAAUACAUAUAAACAUUUCUAAAACAACUACAGAAAUAUUGGUUCCUCCAAUAAAUCUUCUGGAGAAAAGAAACUAUUAUUCCGGUAUGUCCGCCGGUGUGUGGCUAAAUACACCGCUUUAAUAUUAUCUUUUAGUCGACUUGGGAAAACAAUAUAUACUUACCAUAAAUUGAAAAUUGCCUAUUAACGUGUAAUAUCAUGUUUAAUUAGAAAUAAAAUUAGUACAUAUUUACAGCUUACAAUUUAAACUGAAAAAAACUAGCAUGAGAUGUAAAAUAUUUGUUCUAUUAUGUUGUAAAACUAAUCAACUGAAAAUCUAUGUAAAAAUCUCUAACAAAUUAGAUUAAAUAAGGUUUUGGCUAUGAG